CCGGCAGCGAUACCGCCUCUCACUCCCGGCCCCAGGCCCUCAUCCCCUGGCUGAAGAACGCACUAGGAGCCAUCAGCUUGCACACUUUACUCGGCGCCCAGCCUGUAAUACCUCGGGCGGCCGACGCACGGCGGAGAGGCCAGAAUGCCGGGCUCUAGGGCCUUCGCCCCAGUUAUUGGUUUCUCUGGAAACCCCCCUGGUAAGUGUGGAGGAGGCGGGACACUCUGACCCAAGACAAAAGGCCUGUAGCUCCAGCCAAAGAAAAUAAACCUUAGGGAGAAAGAAAAAAAAAAAAUCCAUCAGCUGUUCCUGAGAACAGCCUGCAGUGGAAUCCACAGAGAGGACAACUGACGUGAGUGAGGAAAUGACUGUAUGUGGAUUGUGGAGACAGUAAGUCACGUGGGCCCUGAGGGCCUGGACUGGGUUAGCAACAGUUGUAUGUGCAGAGGUGAGGUAUCGAGAAGGGAAAAGUGAAUGUGGUCUGGAGUGUGGCCUUGGCUUCACAGGGCGUGCUUUCCUCUGAGGCCAUCCAGGAGCUCAGCCCCUGUGUUCUGCCAGGGUGGGAUACAGGGUUUGGCCCUGAGGAGGGUACCUUGCUGGCUGGAGCAGCAGAGCAGUGGCCUUGAUUUGUCUUUUGGAAGAUUUAAAAACCAAAAAGCAUAAACAUUCUGGUCCUUCAGCAAUGCUUUCUCUGAAGAAAUACUUAACGGAAGGACUCCUCCAGUUCACCAUUCUGCUGAGUUUGAUUGGGGUGCGGGUGGACGUGGAUACUUACCUGACCUCACAGCUCCCCCCGCUCCGGGAGAUCAUCCUGGGGCCCAGUUCUGCCUAUACUCAGACCCAGUUCCACAACCUGAGGAACACCUUGGAUGGCUAUGGUGUCCACCCCAAGAGCAUAGACCUGGACAAUUACUUCACUGCCCGGCGGCUCCUGAGUCAGGUGAGGGCCCUGGACAGGUUCCAGGUGCCCACCACUGAGGUAAACGCCUGGCUGGUCCACCGGGAUCCGGAGGGGUCUGUCUCUGGCAGCCAGCCCAGCUCAGGCCUUACCCUCGAGAGUUCCAGUGGCCUCCAAGAUGUGACAGGCCCGGACAACGGGGUGCGAGAAAGCGAAACGGAGCAGGGAUUCAGUGAAGAUUUGGAGGAUUUGGGAGCUGUAGCCCCUCCAGUCAGUGGAGACCUAACCAAAGAGGACAUAGAUCUGAUUGACAUCCUUUGGCGACAGGAUAUUGACCUGGGGGCUGGGCGUGAGACUUUUGACUAUAGUCAUCGCCAGAAGGAGCAGGAUGUGGACAAGGAGCUGCAAGAUGGAGCGGAGCAGGAUGACACCUGGUCAGGCGAGGGUGCAGAAGCUCUGGCACGAAACCUGCUAGUGGAUGGAGAAACGGGGGAGAGCUUCCCUGCACAGGUGCCUGGUGGGGAGGACCAGACGGCCCUGUCCCUGGAAGAGUGCCUUAGGCUGCUGGAGGCCACCUGCCCCUUUGGGGAGAAUGCUGAGUUUCCAGCAGACAUUUCCAGCAUAACAGAAGCAGUGCCUAGCGAGAGCGAGCCCCCAGGCCUUCAGAACAACCUCUUGUCUCCUCUCCUGACGGGGACAGACUCGCCAUUUGAUUUGGAGCAGCAGUGGCAAGAUCUCAUGUCUAUUAUGGAAAUGCAGGCCAUGGAAGUGAACACUUCAACAAACGAGAUCCUGUACAGCGCCCCUCCUGGAGACCCCCUGAGCACCAACUACAGCCUUGCCCCCAACACUCCCAUCAAUCAGAAUGUCAGCCUGCAUCAGGCGUCCCUGGGGGGCUGCAGCCAGGACUUCUCACUCUUCAGUCCCGAGGUGGAGAGCCUGCCUGUGGCCAGCAGCUCCACGCUGCUCCCGCUGGUCCCCAGCAAUUCCACCAGCCUCAACUCCACCUUUGGCUCCACCAACCUGGCGGGGCUCUUCUUUCCACCCCAGCUCAACGGCACAGCCAACGACACAGCAGGCCCCGAGCUGCCUGACCCGCUGGGGGGCCUGUUAGACGAAGCCAUGCUGGACGAGAUCAGCCUGAUGGACCUGGCCAUCGAAGAGGGCUUUAACCCCGUGCAGGCCUCCCAGCUCGAGGAGGAGUUUGACUCUGACUCAGGCCUCUCCUUGGACUCCAGCCAUAGCCCUUCCUCCCUGAGCAGCUCAGAAGGCAGCUCCUCUUCCUCCUCCUCUUCCUCCUCCUCCUCCUCCUCCUCUUCAUCCUCGUCCUCUUCCUCGUCCUCUUCCUCCGCUUCUUCCUCCUUUUCUGAGGAAGGUGCUGUUGGCUACAGCUCUGACUCUGAGACCCUGGAUCUGGAAGAGGCCGAGGGCGCCGUGGGUUACCAGCCUGAGUAUUCCAAGUUCUGCCGCAUGAGCUACCAGGAUCCGUCUCAGCUCUCCUGCCUGCCCUACUUGGAGCACGUGGGCCACAACCACACGUACAACAUGGCGCCCAGCGCCCUCGACUCUGCCGACCUGCCGCCGCCCAGCGCCCUCAAGAAAGGCAGCAAGGAGAAACAGGCCGACUUCCUCGACAAGCAGAUGAGCCGUGAUGAGCAUCGAGCCAGAGCCAUGAAGAUCCCCUUCACCAACGACAAAAUCAUUAACCUGCCCGUGGAGGAGUUCAACGAGCUGCUGUCCAAGUACCAGCUGAGCGAGGCCCAGCUGAGCCUCAUCCGCGACAUCCGGCGCCGGGGCAAGAACAAGAUGGCCGCCCAGAACUGCCGCAAGCGCAAGCUGGACACCAUCCUGAACCUGGAGCGGGAUGUGGAGGACCUGCAGCGCGAUAAGGCUCGCCUGCUGCGGGAGAAGGUCGAGUUCCUCCGGUCCCUGCGGCAGAUGAAGCAGAAGGUCCAGAGCCUGUACCAGGAGGUGUUUGGGCGGCUGCGGGAUGAGAACGGGCGGCCCUACUCGCCCAGUCAGUACGCACUCCAGUAUGCCGGGGACGGCAGUGUCCUCCUCAUUCCCCGCACCCUGGCUGACCAGCAGGCCCGGCGACAGGAGAGGAAGCCAAAGGACCGAAGAAAGUGAGCCCGGGAGGAGAGGGGGGUUGACGCUCACCGGGACGGAAACUGAAGGGCUGGGCCUGGGCCUGGACCUGGACCUGGACCUACAGCGGGGACUUACACGCCUUCUUAUCCAACAGAUCUCAGACGGGAGAAACUGCGGGUCAGUGGACAGGAAGAGGAGGGCGCAGGCGCUGUCUGGCUCCGCUCCCCCCCGGUGGGGGUGGGGUGGGGCGGAGGUGGCCAGACCGUUUUGGGUGGACAGGGUCCUCCCCUGCUGUUUCCUUUGAGGGAGGGGGUGGUGCUGGCCUUGCUGCAGGCCGACCGAGGGGAAGAGGGAGGACCGUGAGAGGAAAGGUGUAGAAAGUCUCAUUCCUGGAAGGAAGGAGGGAUGGAAAGGGGUAAAAACAAAACAAAACAAAAAAAAAACAACCCCAAAAAAAUCAAAGCGGGAAGAAAAUCAAACGGCAGGUUAAAGGUCGGCUCUGGCCAGGAUUCCAGGCAGCGGGAUUUAGGUGGGACUAGGCCACAGGCACCAGUAAACCCUACUUCACCCCACGGGAGGGUGGAACACGAGGUGGGAUCUGGGAGGGGCUCUGUAGGCUCCUGCUGCUCCUGCCCUGUGGCAGCCCUGAAGGGGAGCCUUGGAGGUCUCCUGGAAUGUUCUCAGUCGUCGGGGAGCCGCUGGGACCCAACACUGGCUUGGAGGGUUUGGGUCCAAGAGCAGGGCGAAUGGGAAAGGGUCACGAGGCCCCAGUGUCGCAGCAGCCCCAGCACCCAGCAUGUCACUCACUGCCCCGCCACUCCGUCUCACCCGGUGCCCAGUCCCCCCUGAGCUGAGGCGCCCCCAGUUUCCAUCAGAGCCUGCAUGCCAAUGCUGUUCUCUUGCCCCUCCCCGCCGCCUGGAGCUCUUGUGCAGCUGGGGUGCCGCCUCGAGGAGGGGGGGAUGAUGUGGAGAAGCCAGGCAGCAUUCAGCACAACACUGGGGGGUGACCCUUCCCUCAGGUCACCCCUGCCAACCACUGGGCAUGUCACUGGAAGACAAACCACAAAACCCAGCAACAAAAACUAGUCCUCUUAGAAUUUCUUGCGCUUUGAUUUUUUUAGGGCUUGAGCCCUGUAUCACUUAUAGGGUCUAGAAUGCUUGUGUUGAGUAAAAAGGAGAUAACCCCAAUAUUCAAAGCUGCUAAAUGUUCUCUUUGCCAUAAAGACUCCGUGUAACUGUGUGAACACUUGGGAUUUUUCUCCUCUGUCCCGAGGUCUCCGUCUGCUUUUUUUUUUUUUUUUUGGGUUUCUUUCUAGAAUGAGAAGUGCAUGUAAUGGGGGCUGAGAGCACCUCCCCCUAGGCUCUCGGCCACGGGCUGCUUCUCCACACCCCCAUCUUAGCAAAGGCCCCAGGCAGGAGGACUGCCUGGGGGAGGCAGAGAGGGGAGCGCCAAGGUGGCCAGAUGGUUCCAGGACCACAGUGUCUUUAUUUUUAACUGUUUGCCACUGCUGCCCCCACCCCUGCCUGGCUCUGGAGUACAGUCAGCCCCAGGCGAGCAGGAGUGAGUUGUUGGGGGAGAAGUCCUGAUUCUCCUCCCCUCCCCGCUUGGCAGGGGUGAGGGGUGCAUUCUAAAUGAGCAGUAGGGAUAGAAGGCACGAGCCUGGGAAGUGCUUUUAUAAAUUAUUUUCCUUGUAGAUUUUAUUUUUAAUUUAUCUCUGACCUGCCAGGGAGAGGGGAGAGAGAGAGAGAGAAAGAGAGAGAGAGAGAUGCUGUGAGCACAUGACAAAAUAAAAUAAAAUAAAAUGGAUGAUUCA